AUGGACCAAUAUAACAAAGGCUCCGACGCACAGAAACCGCAGUCAGAACAUCCUGCGAAUGACGACUCACUCCCCAACUACGUCGAAGGCCAAGUCGGUAAAUCUGAGGAGACACGGGGCAAGGCAGGCUUUGGUAGCGGAGGCAAGAGCCAUGCUACUGGCGACAGCAUCGUUCCUGAAGCGGUGCAGAAGGUUGCUCCAGAGAAGCUCGAAAAAGCGCUCCCUGAGGCCGUGCAUCCCACGAAGGGGAGCGAGAUUGAUCCUAAGUAA